AUGAAUCAACAAGAAUUAAUUGAAGAAAUAAAUAAAAUUGAAAGUUGUUCAUUAGUGUUUGAAAGAUUUUUUGGUUAUUUACCAAACGAUAUUAAAGAAAGAAAACAAUAUAUUCUCAAAUUUAAUAAAACUUUAAAAGAUGAAAAAAGAAAAUUAAAAUGUAAAAAGACAUUUAAAGGUGAAAAAAAAAAUAAAAAACAAACCUUUUUAAAACAUCACCAAUCUGAUGACCAUUCAGAAAACAAGGUUUAUAAAAGUAAAAAAUUAGAAAAGAAAAUUCAACAACUAAAUAAAAAAAAACAACUCAUUGAUACAAAAAUUAACUUUUUAAAAGAAAUCAAAGAAUCCAAUAAAAUUAAUAAAUCUAAAAUAUGA